ACAAGCACCAUGAAAUUCCUUAUUCUAUUCGCUGCCUUCUGCGCUGCUGCCUUAGCUGCUCCACGUCCAGAAGUUGAGAUCGUCAAGCAAGACAGUGAUGUAGGACCCGAAAGCUACCAAUUUGCCGUCGAAACCUCCGAUGGAACCAAACACAACGAGGAUGGCAAACUGAAGGAUGUUGGUACUGAACACGAAGCCAUUGUUGUCCAUGGAUCAUACUCCUGGGUGGAUGAGAAGACUGGUCAACACUUCAACGUUGAGUAUGUAGCCGAUGAAAAUGGUUUUCAACCUAAAGGUGAACAUUUGCCUGUAGCUUAA